AUGACUACUUCUCCUAGUGAAAUAGAAGAGUUACAGAUUGACCGUGCUACUUCUGUGGGCUGGCUCUUUGUCCAAUCGUACUAUGACAUGUACAACAAGAACUACGAGAACUUCCACAUGUUCUACCAUGUUGACGGUUCACUUAGUCACAGUGAGUUCCCUGAAGCAGAAGAAGAAGGUGAUGGUGACAAGAAGGCGUCUGACUCGGUAAAGACUGUGUUGAAGGCCACAGGCAAGGAAGGGAUCAAGGCCAGAUUCCUCCAAGAUGGGUCUUUGAAACUGAAGAACAACAGCAUUGUGGUUACUAGUGCUGAUUUCCAAGUGAGUUUGAAAAAGAACAUUUUGAUUGUUGUCUCUGGUGAAUGGUCUAGAAAUGGGUCUCCAUAUUGGCAAUUCAAUCAGACAUUCUUAUUGACUCCUGGUAGAAAGGCCAAUAGCUAUGAUGUGGCCAAUGAUGUGUUGAAGUUUGUUGAUUUCAAGGAGUUUGACGACGACAAGGAGGUAGUCAAGGCCAUGGCUGAAACGACAACUGCUAAAGAGGAGAAGGAGAAGGAGGAUGAAUCUGAAAAGGAAUUGGAAAAGCCAAAGAAAUCUGAAGUGAUGGUACCUGAGACCACCAAGAAGGUUGAGUCUGAAUCACAGGAUGAACCUAAGAAGGAGAGGAAAGAGACUGAACCAAGCACUGUUAGUGUGCCCAGUACCAGUGAUACCACGGAGACCACUGCUACGACUAGUGAAACCACUGGUAGUGAAACCACUGGUAGUGAAACCACUGCUACCAGUGAGACUACUAGUGGUGACACCACUGCUACUACUGGUACCAGUACUAGUGAGACUACUCCUACCACUACCACCAAGAGUGAUCCAAAACAACCUAUUAGUUGGGCAGCUUUGGCCUCUCGAGCAGCAGAAAAAGAGGGUGCUGCCCCUGCCGUAGCCAAGACAACCAAGACCAACUCUGCGACUCCUGUGGCUGUAGGAGCACCCACUGCCACUAAGAAAACAACCACCCCCGAAACUACCAUAGCAGACAAGAAGGGCAAUGGUAAAGACGAUUGGUUCCCUAUUUACAUUCGGGGGAUCAAGAAUUUGGACGAGAAUGUGGUGAAGAAUUACUUGGUGGAUAACUUUGGUUCUGUUCUUUUAUUCAAGCCACUGGUUAACAUUGCGUUAUGUGAUUUUGCCACCGAAGAGGGCCAAAGAAGAGCCCUUGAAGCUGGUAAGGCAACUAUUGAUGGGAUCACUUUUGAUUUGGAAAAGAGAGAAUCAAAGAGAGACAACAACAACGGAGGGGGAAUCAAUGGUGCUCCCUUUAGCAGUAAUGGAAAGAAGGGAGGUAAAGACCUUAAGGAUAAACAACAACAACAACAACUUGGUGAUAAUGUAAAACGUACAAAGAAUGAUAAGAAGAAUCCUAAAAAGAGACCUGGAGUCAAGCACCCAGAAGCUUUUUAG